AUGGAAAAAGCCCCUUGCGAACAGGGAGCUGCAGCAGCAGCAGCAGCAGCAGCAGCAGCAGAUGUAGACGUGGACACGACGGGUCUGCCGCAGAUGACUCUGGAGGCUUUGAAAAGCUGCGACGGCGAAAAGAGCGAAAAGCUGUUUGUGGCUGUUAAGGGACUUGUCUUUGAUGUCAGUGUUAAUGGCAAAACGUUUUAUGGCAAAAAUGGUUCUUACCACAUUUUUGCUGGGAAAGACGCGACGGUGGCUUUGGCCCGAAUGUCAUUUGACGAGAAGCUUUUAAAUUCUCCGCCAAGCACUUGGGAGUCUUUGACAGAAAGUGAAAAAGAAAGUUUGCAGUCUUGGCUGCAGCGCUUCAAAAGCAAAUAUUCUCUUGUUGCUGUUGUGGACUUCGAGGAGAAAAAAGACAAUUAG